AUGGCGGGGACCGCGUGCAGAGUCACCCAAGUCGGCGAGCAGACAGAAGCACCCGCCUCACACUGGCAACAAUCAGUGCCAAGACCCACUCCGGGUCUAGCCAGAACCACGCCGCACCAAUACAGGCAGCGGCACAAGCGAGCAGAGGAGACCGACACCAGCGAUCUGCCUAUCAAGCACACCUACAUGCAUCUACAGAAUGAGCCCGCGAAAAGUGAGGCCCUGCAAACUGAUCCUCUUGUUGCACCGCGAGGAUGCCGACCCACACGAACCAAAAGCUGCGAAAUCAACCUGAAAACAGCAUGGCACCAGGGAUUUAACUCCCGACUGAUGCAGACGCUGCAUUAA